CGUAGGAAAUUGCCGAGCUCAGCAUUCUUCUCCACAGGCACUUAGGAAGGAGGGAAGGGAAAAAAAAAAAAAAAAAAACAAACAAAAAAAAAAAAAAAGGAUGAGUUGGGCGGGAGGGUUUCUGCUGCACCACAUUACUGGCUCCCUUCCAAUUAAAAAAGAGAGCUUAUGUUACUGAAAAGCCGUGUACCCAAUCAGGAGGCAGCGCAGGGUAAAGAUAGCUGGAUAAAAGCGAGCGGGAGAGUGGGCAAGAGGACGAAAAAAAGGAAAAAAAAACUGCAGUGUUGUCUCGGAGUCUGCGGAGAAAGGGAACAUCUCAUUGUCAGGGGGAACAUCCUGCACAGAAGGACUUUGGACUGAAAACACUCACUGUGAUAACUUCCAGCUAAGACAACAGAUUUUGGCUGGACUGAGCAGCCUUAGUGAUGAAGUUUAACUUGUUCAAGCAAGAAACAACGCCUAUGGUCGCAGCAAAACCAACGGGGGCCAGUGACUCGACGGUUACUCCAGCCCCCGUAGGGUUAGUCUCCACUGGAAACGCCACGGAGCCAGUCAACAAGAACGAUGCCUUUGAUGAGAUCAAAAACAAGUUCCUGAAUGAAAUCGACAAGAUCCCACUGCCAUCCUGGGCCAUCAUUGCCAUUGCCGUGGUCGCUGCUUUACUGAUUCUAACGUGUUGCUUCUGCAUCAUCAAGAAAUGCUGUUGCAAGAAGAAGAAGAACAAGAAGGGCAAGAAGGGGAAGGGUGACAUGGGAAUGAAGAACUUAAAAGGCGAGAAACCCCAGGAUGACGACGAUGAAGAAGAUGAUGUUGAGCCAGGCCUAACUGGAGAUGAGAAGGAGGAAGAGGUGAAGGAGAAGGAAAAGCUCGGGAAGCUGCAGUACUCCAUUGAUUAUGAUUUCCAAGAAAACAAGCUAACAAUAGGAAUUCUACAAGCAGCUGACCUCAUCUCUAUGGACAGUGGAGGCACUUCAGACCCCUAUGUCAGAGUCUUCGUCCUGCCUGACAAGAAGAAAAAGUUUGACACAAAAGUACAUAAGAAAACCCUCAACCCAGUCUUCAAUGAGACAUUCAUUUUUAAGAUACCAUUCACUGAAAUGGGAGGGAAGACUCUGGUGAUGGCGGUCUACGACUUUGACCGCUUCUCCAAACACGACAUCAUUGGAGAGAUUAAGAUACCCAUGAAUACUCUGGACCUUGCAAAACCAAUCGAAGAGUGGAGAGACCUCGACAGCGCUGAUCAAGAAGAGCCAGAGAAGCUUGGUGAUAUUUGCAUCUCUUUACGUUACGUCCCGACUGCUGGCAAACUCACCAUCUGCAUCUUGGAGGCUAAGAACCUAAAGAAAAUGGAUGUGGGAGGACUGUCAGAUCCCUACGUAAAAAUUAACCUGCUGCAAAAUGGGAAGAGGCUGAAGAAGAAGAAGACGACAGUAAAGAAGAAUACUUUGAAUCCUUACUACAACGAGUCCUUCAGCUUUGAGAUUCCUCUUGAGCAAAUGCAGAAAAUCCAAGCCGUCAUCACAGUGCUAGAUUAUGACAAGAUCGGCAAGAACGAUGCCAUCGGGAAGAUUUGGGUGGGAAGCAAGUCCACGGGGGCUGGGCUGAAACACUGGUCCGACAUGCUGGCCAACCCCCGCCGCCCGAUUGCCCAGUGGCAUCCGCUGCAGCCCGAAGAAGAGGUGGAUGCCGCCCUAGCAGCGCUGACUGCCAAGAAGUAAAAUUAAGAGAGAGAAGAAGAAAAAAAAACUCCCACCACCCGCCCCUACACUUUCCUACCUUUGCAUAUCCAGUUGUUUCACUCAAGUCCCACAUAUCAAUGUAUAUUCCAGAAGAACACCCAAAUCUGCUCCCUCCAGCACAUUCUGUCCCACAGCCGUCAUUUAAAAAGAUCCAUAGAAACUAUUUGACAUGAUGGGAAAUGUAGUUUAAAAAAAAUCAUAUUAUAUAAAAUCAUGUCACUAAGAAAAGAAGACAAGUUGCAGGAUGGACAGAUACUCAGUCAUUUUUGUUUUAGAUCUAUUUUUAUAUCGGAGUUGUGGUUCCAUUAUUAAGCUUACAGAGUAUACUAUAAGAGGAGUGUUAUUUGGGAAUUUAGAGGGAUGACACGUACAUUCAUUCAUAUCCUACUUCUCACCCUUUUUCCCUUUAGUGACAAAGUUUGCUUAGGAUAGUGCUUAACAAUAAAAUGCUUUAUACUGCCAUAUGAUAGAGAAACAACACAAGCAGGUCCAUUCCGUAGGUGUUUUGUGCACCAUAUCCCACACCUGCCAGUUAUCAUCCUAGAUGAUUCUGUUAGUUGGAAGUACAUUCCUAGAUUUGGGUAGCAAAGUAGGGAUUAGAUCCGGUUGCCCACAGACACUGCCUUUUUGGAUUAGUUACCCUUCUGCCCAUCGUCUCAGGAGAACUGAGAGGAAAAACUCCAUGCCUUUUUUUUCUAAACGGGUUCUUAUUGUUAGCAGUUAUACAGCGUGAUGAGAAAAAAAAUAUGUUACACUAAAAUUGUAAGAAUUCUGCUGUCUUUAGGCUUUUGACUGAAGUUAGUUAAACCACCAUUUAUUGAGUUAUAUGGAGGGUAUGACAGAUAAUUUGCAAAA